UCACAACAUUUAUAUGGGUUAGGAUGAUUUCACACGUACCUCUUCGGGGGGACUGCUCAUCAAAGUGGCAACCAUAACCCGGACCGCUGCGGGGAUGAGCAGCGGCUAAUGGCUGACUGGGAGUUUUCUAUUAGCUAACGUCCGCCUCUGCUUCUGAUGUGGGCAUUUGUGCUGGUGCACUGUUCCUGAAGCUGCACUUGGAAGACAGAGCAUACAAAGUGCCAAGCCACCUGGGUUGGCAGCCGCUCUGCAACAUGUCCAAGAGCAAGAGCCCCGAGUCUGUCAAGGUGGUGGUCCGAUGUCGCCCUAUGAAUGAAAAAGAGCGGGCGGCCAAGUUUGAAAGGGUGGUAUCUGUCGACGUCAAAUUUGGCCAAAUUAUUGUCAGGAACCCCAGGGAAGCUUCAGCCAAUGAACUCCCCAAAGUCUUCACUUUUGAUUCAGUUUAUGACUGGAACUCCAAACAAAUAGAUCUGUAUGAUGAAACCUUCAGGCCCCUGGUGGAUUCAGUUCUUCUUGGGUUCAAUGGGACCAUUUUUGCCUAUGGGCAGACGGGUACAGGCAAAACAUAUACUAUGGAGGGGGUGAGAAACGAUCCAGAGAGGAGAGGGGUGAUUCCUAACUCCUUUGAGCACAUCUUCACUCACAUUUCACGGUCCCAGAAUCAGCAGUACCUGGUGAGAGCAUCAUAUCUAGAAAUUUACCAAGAGGAGAUCAGAGACCUGCUCUCUAAGGACCAGUCACGUCGUCUCGAGCUCAGGGAGAGGCCUGACACAGGUGUGUAUGUCAAAGACCUUUCAUCAUUUGUUACCAAGAGUGUGCGCGAGAUUGAACAUGUCAUGAAUGUGGGCAACCAGAAUCGUUCAGUGGGUGCCACUAACAUGAAUGAACACAGCUCCCGUUCUCAUGCCAUAUUCGUCAUCACCGUAGAGUGCAGUGAGCUGGGUGUGGAUGGGGAGAACCAUAUCAGAGUUGGCAAAUUGAACCUGGUAGAUUUAGCCGGUAGUGAAAGGCAGACCAAGACUGGCGCUCAGGGGGAGAGGCUUAAAGAAGCCACAAAGAUCAAUCUUUCACUUUCUGCUCUGGGGAAUGUCAUAUCGGCUCUUGUGGAUGGCAGGAGCAGCCACAUCCCCUACCGAGACUCAAAACUCACCCGUCUGCUGCAGGACUCUCUGGGGGGAAACGCCCGCACUGUCAUGGUUGCCAACAUUGGCCCAGCAUCCUACAAUGUGGAGGAGACCUUGACAACGCUGCGCUACUCCAACAGGGCUAAAAACAUCAAGAAUAAACCACGUAUCAAUGAGGAUCCCAAGGAUGCCCUGCUCAGGGAGUUUCAGGAAGAGAUCGCAAGGCUGAAGGCGCAGCUGCAAAAGCGUUCUGGGAAAAAGAAAAGGAGGAGGCAGAGGAGGAGGGCCGGGGAAGGGAGCGACGGCGAGGAUCUGGAAGAAGGAGAGACGGAGGAGGAGGACGACGAAGAUGGGGACGAUAAAGGGGAUUACUGGCGGGAGCAGCAGGAGAAGUUGGAGACAGAGAAGAAGGAAAUCAUGGAGGAUCACAGUCUGGUGGCUGAGGAGAAAGCUCGGCUGCUUAGAGAGAAACAAAAGAAGAUGGAAGAUUUGAAGAGGGAAAGGGAGGCUGGAGAGAUGCUUGCAGCCAAAGUGAAGGCAAUGGAGAGUAAGCUCCUGGUAGGGGGGAAGAACAUUGUGGAUCACACCAAUGAGCAACAGAGAAUGCUGGAGCAGAAGAGGCAGGAAAUCGCUGAACAGAAACGGCGAGAGCGGGAGAUGCAGCAGCAGGUGGAGAGUCGCGACGAAGAGACUCUGGAGUUGAAGGAGACCUACAGCUCUCUGCAACAGGAGGUCGACAUCAAAACCAAGAAGCUGAAAAAGCUGUUCGCCAAGCUGCAGGCAGUGAAGGCAGAAAUCCAUGACAUCCAGGAGGUACACAUCAACGACCGCCAAGAGCUGGAACAGACCCAGAACGAGCUCACCAGGGACCUCAAACUCAAGCAUCUUAUCAUCGAGAACUUCAUUCCUUUAGAGGAGAAGAACAAAAUAGUAAACAGGGCUUACUUUGAUGAGGAGGAUGAAUACUGGAAAAUGAAGCCCAUCACACGUUUAGAGGAUGACCAUCAGAUGAUGACCAGGCCUUUGUCUGCGGUUGGCUACAAGAGGCCUCUCAGUCACCAUGCUCACAUGGCCAUGAUGUUGAGGCCUGACAUGAGAUACAAAGCUGAAAACAUCAUGAUGCUGGACAUGGACCUGCCAGCUCGGACCACUAAAGAGUAUCAGGAGCCGGUUAUCGCCCCAAAGGUGGCGGCAGCUCUGGAGGAUGCUCUAAGGGAUGAGGAUGAGAUCCAGGUCGAUGCCUCAGGCUUUCACAGCAGCUUGGGACAAACCCCACCCGCCAGCAGCAGCAGCAGCAGCCUCAAGAAACCAAAGUCUGGUCGGCCAAGAACAGGCAAGAAGUCGAGCACCCCAACCUCUCCAUUCAGCCCCUCCAGCCCAGGAUCCCCGCUGUACCCACAAUCCCGCGGCCUGGUGCCCAAGUGACAGCUUUUACCACUAAAUGUCACCACCAACCUCUCUCGUGCACCUUGCCACUUUGGGACUCAACUUUGAGAGAAUGGGUUUUGUUUUGUUCGAGUAGUUUCAAGAUGACGAUAGAGAUAAACUUAAGACUAAUGCUGCUUUGUAGGUUUUAACUGUAACCACACCACUAUUAACUGUUAUCAUGAGCUUUUCAUCUUCGAGAUGUGAAACCCCUCAUCCUGAGAGGGAGUCAGUACAACACCAGGACAGCAGCCACGCAUGAAGCCUCACAUCACUCUACACUGCUGUUAUCCUUCCCUACAUUUGGCUGAAUGCCACAGAUGUCUUAUCUAUGUUAUCUAUGUGUCACAAUGUUCUUAAUGUACAGGAAAAAAAUGAAGGUGGGCUUACAAUCCCCCCUUGAUGGACUGCAGUAUCCUCAAUGCACUACUUCUUCCUAUCUUCCCAGAUCCGUGUUGUGUGUUGUAGUCUCUUACUGUAAGUGUGGACAUGGGUGGGGGGCGUGGGGUUGACGUUAUGACACAUGGACUUGGGCAGCUCUGCAGUUGUCACCAACAGGCUGUGUGUGUGUUGUAUGUCAGGCCGCAUAUCUGUGUGUGUCUUUACGUCGCUGUCAGAAUAUGGAACAUUUCGGGUUAUGUCAAACUGCGCUGUUCCUUCCAUUGUUGGUCUUGUGAUAAGUCUUUUGUGCAUGUGUCGUUUAUGUCUUAAAGGAAUACUUCAACAUUUUGGGAAAUAAGCCUAUUGGCUUGGUUUCAGAGAGUGAGAUGAGAAGACCAGUACCCCCCUCAUGUGGUAUUAUGUAGAGGCAACCUCAUGGUGACAAUAAGACCCCAAGAAGUCAGCGUGGCCAGCUAUGAAAUAUUUCUAGCAUGCGCCUCCUGCCAAAACCACAGUCACUUUCACAUUUCUGUUUGUGUAUGGAUUAAAGGUCCAGUGUGUAACAUUUAGGAGAAUCCGUUGGUAGAAACCAUAGACUGUGUAAAUAAAAAUGGACGAGCCGUUGUGAAGCUCAGUGUGGUCGGCUCUGGUAUCCUCGUAGUCCUGACUCCCCUGGCUCCCAGUUAAUCCAAAAAUGGUCAAAGUUGGAGCGUGAAUUUAGCCUGGUUACUGAAAACAGCUGCCUGUGACUGUACCCUCCUGUCACUCAAACCAACCACGCCCCUUAAUUAUGCAUCACUUUAAGCCCAAUAAUUAAAAUAGGUGAGUGCUAUAAAAGUUCAACCCCGUAUAGUUGUCAUGAACGGGAGAAAUUAGCUAUAGAGAGCAAAAGUGUUUUUUGUACCAAAACAUGUUUAUUUCUGCUGUAAAGUUAGGCAUUUUAGACUGACUCAACGCUCGAGCCAGCCUCAAGUGGCGGUUAGAGGAACUGCAGGGCCUUUUCCGAAUUUCACGGCCACCACAGUUUCUCCUACACCCUUGGAACAAGAGGGUGAGGCAAGGGGGUUGUAAUUGGUAGCUACACCGUUAGAUGCCACUAAAUUGUACACACUGGUCCUUUAAACAAACAAGAUAAAUUGUGGUCAAUGUUCAUUAGUAGGCGAAUGGACAGAGACGGGCUAGCUGCUAGCUCUGGCUUCAUAUGUAGCAUAUACACAAUCAAAACAUUUUGAAUUUCCUAAAAUGUGGAACUGCUCCUUUAACUCUGUAUGCUUGUAAAUGCACAGGCCAGAAAGUAAAGCACACUACAGACUCUGUCACAAGUUGCUGUAAUCAGUAGAUGCUGUUCUUCCUGGGGCAUAUGAGACGGAGGUGGGGAACGACGGGAGAGAGCUCAACACAUUUACACAAACGCCCACUGCGGACUCAUUUUAGGGUGCACGACAGUGCAGCGGGCCACCUGACACCUGAGCAGGAGAUCAGAGCUAACCACACCCUGGAUCACUUCAAAGUUACUGUCCUGGAAUGUGCCUCAGAUUUAUCAGGGUUCCAAGGUGCCUUAACCUGUGUCCUCAUUCUCUGCUCCUUUUAUAUGAAGCAUGCACACAUUCUUAUUGGCCAGUGUUUUUUUUUUUUUUUUUUCUCAUCUAAUCAUUUAUUCCGGCAUCAGGGAAUUGCUAUUAGUGUGGUCCCGACGUUCCUUUCAGAAAGGGGUGCACUCAUAUGGAGAGGCAGAGCAUUUGGACACUGCAUGCAACCACCCCCAGGUUUCUGGGUAAGGGCCACAGGAAGGCAAGGGAAGCAGAGGGCUUUGUAUUGGUCUGAGUGGUCCUUGGAAAGAACUGAUUGGUCUAACAGAACACUAAAUAAAACCCCAGGGGAGUCCUGAGCGCUAAACAGUACUGCAGUGGUGCCACAGAACUCACAUAUAUGGACUUGAAUGCAUCUGAAUACACAAACCGUUCCUUUUGUUUGCCUACAGGUGAAUAAUAUGCAGUUUAACCUCCAUGGUUCAGCCUGCCUCUCUGCUGCUCUCUGUUCCCCAUACUCUAACUGUGAGGGGUGUGCUGUCCGCUCGCUGCUACUGUGUAGGGUUUUACAACCCACUGUGACAUUUUAACAGGCUGUGGUGCAGCAGCAAAUGAAAUCCUCUCAAAUACCUGUGACUUGUGCAGUUGUCUGUUUAAAGCUGCAGUAGGUAACUUUUAUGAAAAUAACUUUUUGUCAUAUUUGCUGACAGUAGUUCAUGAGACAGAUAAUCUGUGAAAAAAUCGGGUUCCUCUGGCUCCUCCUAGAGGGCGUCAAAUAUAGACGCUUUGAGUUGAUGGCUUGAAGCUUUGGAACUGAAAGUGUCUGUAUUUGAUAUCCUGGGAAUGAGACUCAACAAUCAGCUAUCAUUCUUGGCUCUGAUUGGUUGUUUUUGUUCAGGCCCGGUGGAUUCUUAAAAAUGCCAUUUGGAGCACUAGGAGUAGGAUAUAGUGAAAGUUUCAGCAAAUAUGACAAAAGGGUAUUUUAGAAAAGUUGCCUACUGCAGCUUUAAGAGCCACCCAGCCUGUUGUUAAAGGAGCUCUUUUGCUGUUGGACCCAUGCCUGCAUACCUUAUGUAUUUAGAUAUGUAACAAUGAUUAUAGUCUUGUUGAUAGGCAAUUCUCAGUCACUUUUGCAGAUAUAUAAAAAAAAAUUAAAAAAUGGGUUGAAAAAAAAUUAACUUAUUAUAAUCUUUCAUUUUUAUAAACAGAUGUAGAUAUACAUUUUGAUUCAGUUUUUUUCCUUUAAAAUAGAUUAAUGUUUUAUUUUUUUAGCUUUGUAAUUUAAUAUUGAAAUGUUAUUUUUUUUUCAUCAUACAUGUGCGUGUCUUCUUUUUUAUUCAGCAAGGUAAAGGCUUUUUUGCUUCCGAAGAAGAUUAGGGCCACAUGUGAAACAUUUAUUUAAGUUCUGAUUUUAAAGACAGAAGUCAGAAAACCUUUUUUCUGUGUGUCCUUAAUCUUCUUCUGUGUGUGUGUGUGAGUGUGUGUGUGUGUGUGUGUGUGUGAGUGUGAGUGUGUGAGUGUGAGUGUGAGUGUGAGUGUGAGUGUGUGUGUGUGUGUGUGUGUGUGAGGUGGAGGGAGUGUGAGUGUGUGUGUGUGUGUGUGUGUGUGCACUUAAAAAUGCUUUAGUCGAUAGGUUCUCCACGUGGAAGACGAACGUGCAGGUCAACUGUUGCACAGUGUUGAUUUAGGGAAGUGUGGAGACUGCACGUAUUUACAAGUUCACUGUACAUUUAACCUCAUAAACAUAAUCUUUAGAAUAAGGCCUAACUGUCGUAACUAUCACUGCAAUGCUGUAUACCUGCCGCAUGAUCUGACCUAGCUUGUUUGGUUGUGUGAGUAUUCAUCAUUCAUAGGAAUUUGAUAAGCAAAAUGUGAAUGUCUUAAUUUAAUUGAAUGCAUCUGCAUCUGUAUCCCAUAGCUACAUCACUGGAUCCAAACUCCAUAUCUGUGACCUACUUUUAUGUGCUGGUAUUGUUUUUAUAGCCAAAUGACAUUCUGCUGGGGCACUGUCUUUGGCUGGCUGUGUCUUUACUUGUUUAAUUUCUUUUGAAUAUUAAAGACAAUUCAAUUAUAUAUAUAUA